AUGGUCAGGCUCAUCACUCAUAACAUGCUAGCAUGUCACGUCAAAAAUUGCACAAAGGAUAAUUUCCCAUUAUCAUUUUCCGAAGUUGAACUUGUGAUCCGACCUGCACCUGAAAACUUGGAAUUCAUUCAAAGGUUUUUACCUAAAUUAGAUUGGACAGCUUUGGUUGAUACUGCCAGAUCUCUUGGAGAUGAGACUUUACCUGAGAACAUGCCUGAAGAAUGGUCGGAAGAUCAAUUGAAAGCUUUACACCAUGUUUUAAUGGAGAUGCACGUAGAAGAAGGAAAUAUGACGUGUAGAGGAUGUGGUCACGUAUAUCCAAUUUCGAACGGUAUUCCCAACAUGUUACUGGCAGAGCAUGAAGUCGGGCGAUAG